ACCCUUUCGACCAACGUUUCUCCGACACAACACACAUCGCAGUAUAUACUUCACCUCAAUCUGCUGCAUCGACUCAAUCCAUCAUGGAAGGCAUCAAAGCGGCGUAUGCUCGCGCAAAGAGUGAGGGCAGACCAGCCCUCGUCACAUACACCACAGCGGGCUACCCUUCGAUCGAAGAGACGCCCGAUAUCCUCCUGUCUAUGGAAGCUGGAGGCUCGGAUAUCAUCGAACUCGGCACACCAUUCACCGAUCCAAUUGCUGACGGUCCCACAAUCCAAACUGCAAACACCAUCGCACUCAAGAACGGAACCUCAACGACUUCAUGUCUGAACAUUGUGAAGGAAGCACGACGUCGGGGACUGAAAGCUCCAGUGAUUUUCAUGGGAUACUACAACCCUCUGCUGGCAUAUGGUGAGGAGCGCAUGCUACAAGAUGCAAAAGCGGCUGGUGUGAAUGGUUUCAUCAUGGUCGAUCUGCCGCCGGAGGAAGCUGUCCGAUUCAGGCAGCAUUGCACAAAUUACGGCCUCUCAUACGUCCCAUUGAUCGCUCCUGCGACCAGCGAGAAGCGAAUGAAGACACUCUGUAGUAUCGCGGAUUCCAUGAUCUAUGUCGUGUCGAGGAUGGGAGUUACUGGUGCUACCGGAGCAUUGAGCUCAGGGCUACCUGAUCUUCUGGAGAAAGUACACAGGUAUUCUGGCGAUGUGGCUGCGGCAGUCGGCUUCGGUGUGAGCACGCGAGAGCACUUUGUAGAGGUCGGCAAGGUGGCCGAAGGUGUGGUCAUUGGCAGUCAGAUCAUCAACACCAUCAAGAACGCACCAGAAGGGGAGGGGGCAAAGGCGGUGGAGGAGUACUGCCAUAGCAUCACCACACGACGCAAUCCUCGUGCAUCACCAACCAAUGGACAUUCGAAUGGAACAGUGAAUGGGAACGGCGUCUCGACUGAUGCGAACCCCAACGGCGACGGCAGUGGCUGGAUCACACGAACCAACGCGGAAGCACCAAAAACUAUCUCAACAGCAGAUCCAACAAAGCAGCCUGCGAGCGAGAGCGAUCCGUCGAAUGGCACUGUACAUGUUGAUGCCGUCGUCAAAGGUGGUGAGGGUCCCGGCCUAGCAGACCAGCUAGAGGCGCUGAAUACCGAUGAGAAGGAUCCGGAAUUGAUGCCAUCCCGGUUUGGACAGUUCGGAGGUCAAUAUGUUCCGGAGUCACUGAUGGACUGUCUCGCCCAGCUUGAACAAGGUUUCCACGACGCAAUCAACGACCCGAAAUUCUGGGAGGAGUUCAGAUCGUACUAUCCAUACAUGAGCCGACCGUCAUCACUCCACAAAGCCUCUCGCCUUACAGAUUCUCUUCGAAAGGACAGCAAGCAAGGUCUCGGUGCCAAUAUCUACCUCAAACGUGAGGAUCUCAACCACACCGGAUCCCACAAGAUCAACAACGCCAUGGGCCAAGUCCUCAUCGCCCGCCGCCUCGGAAAGGAAGAAAUCAUUGCCGAGACUGGUGCCGGUCAACACGGCGUCGCAACAGCCACCGUCUGCGCUCUCUUCGGCAUGAAGUGCACAAUCUACAUGGGCGCUGAGGACGUUCGCCGGCAAGCGCUGAAUGUCUUCCGCAUCAAACUCCUCGGCGCCUCCGUCGUGGCCGUCGAAGCCGGCUCCCGCACUCUCCGCGACGCCGUCAACGAAGCCAUGCGGAAAUGGGUCGAGAAGCUCGACACGACUCACUAUAUCAUCGGCUCCGCCAUCGGUCCUCACCCGUUCCCAACCAUCGUUCGCACAUUCCAGUCUGUCAUCGGCCAGGAGACCAAGCAACAAAUGGCCGACCUCACCGGGCGCCUUCCCGACGUCGUCGUGGCCUGCGUAGGAGGCGGCAGCAACGCUACCGGCAUGUUCCAUCCCUUCUCCAAAGAUCCGUCCGUCAAACUCCUCGGCGUGGAAGCCGGCGGCGAUGGCAUCGACACAGACCGCCACUCGGCGACUCUCAGCGGUG